AUGGCUACUGGGGAUGAGGGUUGCAAGCAGUUCUGCAAGGAUGAGCUUGCAAAACUGAUCAAGCCGAAGGCAGCAACGCCAGCUCCGGCCCCUACCAGUGAUGCCGAUCCUCCGGCCCCUACCACAACGGGUGCCGAUCCUCCGGCCCCUACCACCAGGGGUGCCGAUCCUCCGGCCGCUACCACCAGGGGUGCCGAUCCUCCGGCCCCUACCACCAGGGGUGCCGUUCCUCCGGCCCCUAAUGCCCCGACCUUUGAUGAUGUCAGUGCGAAGAUGGGUUGGUCAAGUCCUGCAACCCCACGCAUGGUGGAGGCACCUGGUACGCCAUCUCCUGCAACGCCUGGCAGUGCAAUCACAACGCCUGGCAGUGCAAAAACAACGCCUGGCAGUGCAAGCGACGGCUUGGUCCAAGGUUCUGCGCCACUCUACAACCGAAAGAACGCCGCCAUGUUCUUGAAUCGCCUGAAAGGCAACCCAAAGAGGAUGCAAGCCUUGCCUGAUGACUUGGCAAAGUUGGUGCGGGACGAAGAUUCAAAGAGCAAAGCCAUCGACUUGAUCGUCGCUGCAGGAGGAGACGAAAAUGAGCUGGUCGGGCAGUGGACUGCAUCGUCCAUUUCUGUGGCGGCGGACAAGGAAAAGGGAAAGAUGAAACCUUUGACGGAACAGGAAUUGAUCGGCAAGUACGGAGCAGUCAAUGCUGCGAAGGUGAUGGAGGAAAAAAGGAAGGCUGGUUUGGAGGUUGAUGAUCCCAAUUGUAAAGGGCUCAAGCUUUACUUGCACAACGAGUGGCAGAGGGAAUGGACGAGGGGCACAGAAGAACGAAGCAGUUUCACUGCUUCCGGAGAAGUUCGUGCGGGUGACGCUGCCAACGUUGCACAAAUUCUCAGUGUGCCCCGGCGGGCGCUGACAGGGCCCGGCCAGGAUGAUGAGGACAAUGUGGACAUGGAGGAGGACCCAAAGCCACUUCCGAACAAAAAACCAAAGAAAGCCAGGAAAAAUGAAGCCAGCGGCAAAGAGAAAGACGAAGACGGUGAAACUGAGCCGGAAGCACCACGAGUGGAGAAACUUACACCGCUGGACAAGGCGGCAGACUUAAGGGGGCGGGCCCUCUCGAAGGCCAACCACGCUGGCUCGAUGCGGAAGCAGUUGAAAGGAGUCAGCUAUGCGACUGAAUGCCUCAAGGAGAUGACCAACUUCGAGCAGGAGUUCCAGGCGAUCUACGACCAGGUGGACAAGCUCAUCUCUGAGCUGGUCCACGAUGAUGGGGUCUAUCUUCCCAUUGCUACCAGAUAUCUCGAUAUCGCGAAGCGUUAUGAGAGGCCCAGCAAGGUAGCAAACAGCUUGAUCCGAGCUGCGAAGGCGACUCCGAAGGAUCCAACCGCGCCCAAAGGAUCGGCUAAAGCCAAGUCCAAGAAGCGCAAAGCCGCGGAGGGACCGCAGAUGACUUUGACUCCGCUGGUGCAGCUUUACUGGCCCAGCGCAUGGGUGCUGGAGACUCUUGACUUGGAUGCGAUACCUGUGGCCGAAACAAGCAGAAUAGCAUCUGCCUUCCGGCGAGAUGGGGCAUCUGGACUUGCCCUUUCACAAAUGGCAAGCAGCGAACGGGAGAGGGAUUUCUUCCGCUGGGUGAAGUUACCCAUCCAGCCCCUGCUGGUGGAUUUGCCUGUGUGGAGCAACACCAAAGAACGCAAGGACAAACAACUGAUAUUUGAGAAAACAGCUUUCUGUCUUCCCAGUGAUGUUCUCUGCGAGCUUUGCAAAAGAUCACUGGUGGAAACCUGUCUUAUUGGACAUUCGCACCUCGGCCCGUCAGUAGAUGAAUGGUGGAAGCAAGAACGGGACCAGGUUUACAUACGGGAGAUCUCCCGGAACAAUCCCAACUACCAGGACAUGCUUCCAUUACGCUUUCAUGAGGAUGGUGUACCAACAACUAAGAGCGAAACAUGCAACUUCUGGUCUUGGACCACGCCUUUGGCUAGCCGCGGAAGCGAGAUCUCUCGCUUCUGCAUUGUUGGUGUCACGAACAGUCGUGUCGCGCCCGAAACGAGACGCUGCAUCGCUGACAUCAUCGCUUGGGAUCUUCGAGCACUGGAACGUGGCGUUUUUCCAUCCUGCGACCACAGCGACGUUCCGUGGCCAGCUGGCUCAGCGCGAGCCCAAAAGAUUGGCCAAAACAUUGAGAUCCGAGCAUGCUUCUCAUCUUGGGCUGGAGAUAUGGAAGCUCAUGCAAAAUCACACAAUCUUCAGAGGCACUAUAACAAGCCUUCGAUAUGCGAUUGGUGUUGGGCAUCGAGCCGGGACAAACAGCUGACUUUCACAGACUUUUCUUCGUCAGCUCUGUGGCGCUCUACAUGCGGCUACCAUGAGCCGCUGCCACACCAAGAAGAACGAUCUGUUUGGUGCUCAGUCAAGGGCUUCACCAAGCGCCGCCGCCUGUUUGACAUUAUGCACCUCGCCCAUCUGGGUUACAUCCGGGACCUUGUGGCUUCCAUUCUGGUUGAGACCGUGAGAUCGGGCGAGAUGGCAGCUUUCUUGCAAUUCGAUGGCAGCCCAGAUCAGCUUCUUCACAGGUGGACUGCGGAAGCCCAAAGUUUCUGCAAGGAUCGUGGCCUGGAUUGCUCGAUGAAGCCGCUGACGUGGGAAACUUUACAUGCCAACAAGAAGGCUAUCUACCCUGAUCUCACAAGCCGUAUAAAAGCAAGUCGGACCAGAAACUUGCUGGCGUUUACCGCUUAUUACUGCUGUCAACUGGAAAUACUGGUGUCUGGUGACGCACCCUCAGACACGGUGCAUUGGUCGAGGUGCAGGGCAACGAUGGUAUGGUGCUUGGAUGCAGCAUUGAGUGUUGGGGGAACUGGCAGUAAACCCUUUCUCAAGCCAGAGGAGAUUAUCGAAGCACAAUGGUGUUUCGAUACGUUCCUUCUGAGUUAUGCUCACGCUGCUGCACGAUUCCAUCGAAAAGGCCUCUGCUUGUACAAACUUCGGCCGAAGAUGCAUUACACGCAGCAUUUGGUGGAUGAGCUGCCCUGCCACAAGCUCAGCUUUUACCAUGCUGCGAAUUUUUUGGACGAGGAUCAUAUGAAGUUCCUCAAGAUUGUUUCGGCCGGCUGCCACGUGACUUCUCAGCCUCGCACCUGGGCAAGACGUUACCUGACGAAACAAGUGUUUCUCUGGCGACGCUUGCCCGGGGCGACGGCGAAGAAGAAGCGCCGCGUCGCCGAAAAAAAAGAGGACGCCGCAGGUCUCUUAAGGGUUUUAGGGUUUAGGGUUUCCAAAGUUGGGGCAUCAGGUUUGGGGGUUGAGGGUUUAGAUUUCGGCUUAAGGAAGAACUUGCCACAAUGCAACCAAACAACAUUCCAUAGUCCCGAAGCUUGCAAGUUUAGGUUCCAAGUUUGA